CCCGGGGCUCCUCUUCGGCCGCCAACCAGGGCUCCGCGCCGCACCGCCGCCCAGCUGAGAAGCCGCCCUCCCCUCUCCGCUGGGGAGACGACCCUCCUAGCGGCCCGCGUCCGCCCCGUCUGGGAUCCCAACCGGAAAGAUUGCUUAAUAGUUCUGCCUGGAUUUGGAAUCUGCAGCUCUCCCCACCAUGCCCUUGGUUGGCUUUUUGCUUUGGACCAUCCUGGUGAUCGUGGGCUGGUGGCCAUCCUACUCCAAGGAUUACCUGUUUGCUACUCCGAGGGUGCAGCUCACUUUCAAAGAGCUCAAAGCCACCGGCACUGCCCACUUCUUCAAUUUCCUUCUCAACUCAACAGACUAUCGCAUCCUGCUAAAGGAUGAAGAUCAUGACCGCAUGUAUGUGGGAAGCAAAGACUACAUCCUCUCACUGGAUCUCCACGAUAUCAACCGGGAGCCCCUGAUUAUCCACUGGCCUGCAUCUCAGCAAAGGAUAGACGAGUGUGUCUUGUCAGGGAAGAACAUUAAUGGCGAGUGUGGGAACUUCAUCCGUCUUAUCCAACCAUGGAAUCGAACUCACUUGUAUGUUUGUGGUACUGGAGCAUACAACCCUGUCUGCACCUUUGUCAACCGGGGCCGUAAAGCACAGGCUUUUGAGCUGAACCAAUCCAUCCAGCAGGGAGGACGGGGAAGUAGAGCAGUUGACUCCUCCCUCCACCCGUCUCCAGUGGAACGCAAGGAUUACAUAUUUUACCUGGAACCAGAAAGGCUGGAAUCAGGAAAAGGAAAAUGCUCAUAUGACCCGAAGGUGGACACUGUAUCAGCAUUAAUCAAUGAAGAACUCUAUGCUGGUGUCUACAUUGAUUUCAUGGGCACAGAUGCUGCUAUCUUCCGCACCAUGGGUAAACAGACUGCUAUGAGGACGGACCAAUACAAUUCCCGUUGGCUAAAUGAUCCAGCAUUUGUCCAUGCACAACUCAUCCCAGACAGUGCAGAACGGAAUGAUGAUAAGCUCUACUUCUUCUUUCGAGAGAAGUCCACUGAUUCCCCACAGAGCCCUGUGGUCUACUCUCGCAUUGGUCGCAUAUGCCUGAAUGAUGAUGGAGGGCACUGCUGUCUGGUGAAUAAAUGGAGCACGUUCCUGAAAGCACGACUCAUUUGUUCUGUUCCAGGGCCUGAUGGGAUUGAAACUCACUUUGAUGAACUCCAGGAUGUCUUUGUCCAGCAGACCCAGGAUGGGAAGAACCCCAUCAUUUAUGCUGUGUUUGCUGCAUCUGGAUCUGUUUUUAAGGGCUCUGCAGUGUGUGUCUAUUCAAUGGCUGACAUCCGCAUGGUCUUCAAUGGUCCUUUUGCUCACAAGGAAGGUCCCAACUACCAGUGGAUGCCCUACACAGGCAAAAUGCCCUAUCCUCGUCCAGGCACAUGUCCAGGAGGAACAUUCACACCCUCAAUGAAAUCGACAAAGGACUACCCUGAUGAGGUUAUCAAUUUCAUGCGCACUCAUCCUAUGAUGUACAAUGGUGUGUACCCCAUACACCGCCAACCGCUAGUAGUGAGGACCAACGUCAACUACAAGUUCACAACUAUUGCCGUGGACCAGGUGGAUGCAGCUGAUGGGCGCUAUGAGGUGCUUUUCCUGGGCACAGAUCAUGGUACAGUCCAGAAAGUAAUAGUCUUGCCUAAAGAUGACAUGGAAACAGAAGAACUGAUGCUAGAAGAAGUGGAAGUGUUCAAGGUUCCAGCCCCCAUCAAGACCAUGACCAUCUCUUCCAAAAGACAACAGCUCUAUGUUUCCUCAACCAUUGGGCUUACACACCUGGCCCUUCACCGCUGUGAUGUGUACGGAGAGGCCUGUGCCGACUGCUGCCUUGCCAGGGACCCCUACUGUGCCUGGGAUGGCAAGUCCUGUUCACGCUACUCUGCAUCCUCCAAGAGGCGGAGCAGGCGCCAGGAUGUCCGACAUGGCAACCCCAUUCGUCAGUGCAGGGGUUACAAUUCCAACGCCAGCAAGAACACAGUAGAGGCCGUCCAAUAUGGUGUAGAGGGAAGCACAGCCUUUCUGGAGUGCCAGCCUCGCUCGCCUCAGGCCACCGUCAAGUGGCUCCUCCAAAAGGACAACAGUGACCGAAGGAAAGAGUUGCGCACAGAAGGCCGAGUGCUGAGGACAGAGCAGGGGCUGCUGUUGCGGUCCUUGCAGCUCUCGGAUGGGGGCCUCUAUUCCUGCACAGCCACAGAGAACAACUUCAAACACACGGUGGCCAAGGUGCAGCUGCACGUCCUGAGCAGUGAGACCAUCCAUGCUGUGCUCUUUCAGUCGGAGGCCCCUGCUCCCUCUGCGGCUGCCGUGCGGGCCGGCCUGCCAGGCACCUUCAGCUCUCACUACCACGACCUGGUACAGCUGCUGACCCAGCCUGAAAUGGGACUCAUCAACCAGUACUGCCAGGGCUACUGGCGGCAUGUGGCCUCCAACCAUAAGGAGACUCUGGCUAAUCUCAAGGCCAAGGAGCUGCACGAUCAGAAGAAACCUCGUAACCGCCGGAAUCACCCACCAGAAGGGGACCAACAGACAUGAAACUGGCAUCCAGAUGGGACUGUGUAGUGACAAUGCUAUAUUUCCCCUUUCUCCCCAUUUUAAUAUUAAAAUAUCUAUAAAUAAAUAUAUAUAUAUAUAAAUAUAUAUAUACAUACAUGCAUACACAAAAAGACACACAAGCACACUCUUGACUCCUUUCAAGACAGUAUUUAUUUGUUGGUUGUACAUAAUCUGGGUAAACACCUUAUCUUGCCGUGAGAAGCAAGGAACCUGGAGGCAUCCCAUUGGCCUCUUGCUCUCUUCCUUUCCCCACUUUUUGGUGGUACUUUCUAAUAAUGGAUUGAUUGAUUGGAGGGGAGGGGAACAAGGGCCAGUUACUUCCCCACCUCAUUGUCAACUCAAAGCACACAUCUGGCACCUGGCAGAUGCCAAGGCAAAGUUGCUACUCCCAUGACUCUCAUGUCAAUAUGAGGGCCUUCUUUGUUGAAGGACACAGGACUCAAGGUGGAAUCCACAGAUCCAGGAUGGUGGAGCAGAGGUCUUCGCACCUAGGCUGCCAUGAAUAUGGCUAAGACUUCAGAGCUCCUGCCAUUGAAAAUAUCUCUACCUGAUUUUCUUUUAAUACAAGGCUUUUGCGAGUCCCCGCGCACCCCAUACACCUACAAAGACUUUAGCACUUUUGUUCCUCACCAUUUUUUCUGCCUCAAAGCACAUUCCAGCAGUACAAUGGAAGCUGCGCCUCUUAAGGGGCCUGGACCUUUUAAGGGAGAAGGACACCUAUGGACCUGUGUGGUGCCACUGCAAGAAGAUUAAUCCUACUUUUGGGUAGUCAAGGGAUGAUGUUUUAAUUUUAUAAAUGUUUUAGGCAGUCUAAGUAAGCUUGUGAGAGAUAUAAGGAGUACUGUCUGCGGACGCUGUGGUAUAAAGAUAAAGGAAAUGGGUAACAACCAAAAGAGAGUGUGGAAGGAUUUGUGUAGUUCUUCUCAUAGACACCUGGCUCCUUUGAGCUUGUUUAUCAGAUAUAUGCAAGGCUUAUGCCAGGGAGGUGUAAUAAUGUAUAUAUGAACCAAAGUUACUCUCUUGAAGUGCAUGCUUCAGACACUUCUCAGGCCAAAGACAACAUGGGAGGGAAGGUGGCAGGGAAGAUGAGGUAUCUGUGGAUAGUUAUCAGGAGACCUGACCUCAGCCAGCCCAAGGAGAAAAAGCAUGCCUCUGUUUACCAAGCUAGAUAUUUAUUAUAAUUUAAUCUUACUCUGUUCACUGAAGGCCUGAUAAGAACCAGCCUACUUGCCAAUGUAUGCAAGCCAAGGAGGAAUGGGCCAGCCUGCUCCAGUGUGAUUGAAUGUUCCUCUAAAGAGUUUUGUGGCAUUAUCGUGAUCACUCUAGAUAGGUGACUUGGGUGCAGUACAGGAUGCCAAAAACAUGUCAAGGAACAUUCCAAAGACCCCAAAGAAAGGGCUCUUGGGACUCAAAAAGAUAGCUGCCUGCUGGCUUGCCACCUAAUUACAAGGUAGCUUUCAAAAAAAAUGAUCUAGUAAGCCUUCAGUGUAUACCAUGCAACAGGGAUGCUUAUCAUUACCACUCAGCUGAUUUUCUUUCCAGUUUUGUGUGUGUGUGUGUGUGUGUGUGUGUGUGUGUGUGUGUGUGUGUGUGUCAGGAGCAACCAAAGUUGCUUCUGGAGUGAGAGAAUUGGCCGUCUGCAAGGAUGUUGCCCAGGGGACGCCCAGAUGUUUUGACGUUUUACCAUCCUUGUGGGAGGCUUCUCUCAUGUCCCCACAUGGAGCUGGAGCUGAUAGAGGGAGCUCAUCCGUGCUCUCCCCGGGUGGGAUUCAAACCUGGCAGCCUUCAGGUCAGCAACCCAACCUUCAAGUCAAAAGGCUUUUAUCCCCUAGGCCACCAGAGGCUCCUUUUUUCCAGUGAAGGCUGGCAGAUGUAGGUCAGUGCUGGCAUCACAGCACAAAGAAGGUGUUUUUAAAAUGUAACUAACCAUAAGAUGGGCUUUUGAGGUUGUGGACAACUGUGCAAGUAGGAAUUGGGACAACAAUUGUUUGGGGAUUCAUCUUGAGUGGAAAACUGCAACCUAGGGGCAGAGGUUGCUGUUCAUAAAGCCAGAAGACAAUGGGAGGGCACAUAUAUAAGCAAAAAUAAUCUGCAUCAGGGGCAGGAGAAAUUCUAAAUUCAGAGAUAAUCAAGGAUUCUGGAAAAUUUGGGGAAAUUAAAAUUAUGAAUUAGGGUGCAGUACAGAGAAAUAAACAUGGUAACCAACAUUGCCAAAGCUUAACUCAACCCAGGUAUACUCAGCUCCCAAAGCUACAUUGCAUUCCAGGAAAAUGAUGUAAAAUAAUACUAUGCUUCUGGCCAUGUUUAGAGUAACUGUGCUCAGGACUCAAAAAGAUGGCCCUUGGGUCAAAGAUUCCCCAUUUUAAAAGGUUUCUUCCUUCAUAGGCAAUGCUUUUUCACCAUAAGUUUUUAUGUAGCAAAGAUUUUGCUUUGGUUUUUCUUUCUUGGUUUUCUUGUGUCUUAGGCUUAUCCUUUGGGUUGAUUUCUUUUGGCUGGGCAUGACUUUUAUGUUCCAUAUUCCAAGACAAAUUAAGGUUAGCUUCUCAGUUUGGAUUAAUCUGGAUGGCUGCUGCCUGCUUGCAGAGUUAUACUGAACUACAUCUGCUGAAUUGCUGUACUUUGAUUCCCUCUAGCAGUGACCUUAUGCAUUGAUGCAAGGAAAAUGCCUGCUUUGCCACAAACGGGGGUCCCUUUCGCAUUGUACUACUUCUAAGAAGCUGAGGGAAAGCAGCACAAAUCUGGGAGUGUGAGUAGCUGUGCAUGUAUUGGAAAAGACCAAUCCUAGAGCUAUCACGUUACUAAUAAUAUGUAAACGGGAUGAGCAGGGAUGGAAGCUGGACUAUUUCUUGGACUUUUUUUUUCUUCUGUCUGCACAGCAAGAGGCAGUCUCCAUAGCUGAGCUGAAGGCUGUACUACAUGCCCUUUGGUCGCUGCCUGCUGUUAACAAGAAAAGGGCUCACCUUUCAUGUUUGGGAGCCCUGGGCCCACCACAUUCACCCUCCCUGUUCCCUUCCCCUUGCCAGUCUGAAUGAUGCACCUAGACUUUCCAUUGUAAAUAGCUGUAAAUCAAUAAUGUAACAAAAACAGGGAUCCAAAGCAUCUCGAUAAGGAGCUCCUUGUGAUGAAUGAAAGUGCAGGGCCACUUUGCGCCUGUAAUGUGAAAUUCCUGUGGAUAGAAUAAGCUAAUAAACACUGGCUUUUUUUGAAGA